AGAAGCUGGUUUAAUUGAUUUAUUUUCCCUAUAAGUGAGAAGUCAGAAACUAUCAAAGUUUCUCAUAAUAAAAAGUAAUGGUUUGAGUAUUCCAGGACAAUAGCCAUCUGACUUUGGUUAUUCAAUAUGCAGAACAGACAAGGAUAUUGCAGCUAUUGCUGUGUGCACUAUAAUAACCUGGAACAGCAUAUAUCCAGUGAUCAGCACAGAUACUUGACCACACAGAGUAGACAAUGGAUGGGUACCACUAGUUUGAUGGAACGUUUCUUGCAGGAUGUACUGAGGCACCACCCAUAUCAUUAUCAAGAAAGCAGAUCAGUGCAAAAUGAGAGACUUCAUAUGACUACUGUGUCACCUUCUGGAGUGGUUCCGAAUGAUGAUUUUGUUCCUGAAAUAAUGACUGAGGAUGCUACUGGAGUCAGAGAAGAGAUGUCUUCCAAGGCUUUUGAACCUGUUGAAGAGCUGUAUUCUAGACCUAGUAAACCUCAGGAAUAUAUACAGAGUGUUUCAAUUCGACCAUCAGUUAUUCAAAAACUGGAGAAAGGACAGCAGCAGCCCUUGGAGUUCAUUCAUAAAAUUGGGAGCAGUAUGAAAGAAUUUAAUCCAGUUGGUAUUGGUCAUGCUACAAAUAAUAGACAAAAUGUAAUAUGUUCAUCAGUGAUUUCUAAUGCUCCUGUUAGUUGGUUACCUGAAAGUUCUCAUGAAAGACCAGUUACAACUAAUGCUACUACUGGGUUACCACUAGGAUCCCAUUUGGAUUCAGUUAACAAAUGUGACCCAAACAAAGUUGACAAAUACUUUAAACAGCUAGACAGGGGCUUUAGAAACCCUAUGCUGUCAUCCCAUCCAGAAAAUUCUUCAGUAACAUACCAGAAACCUAAAGAAUCAAACAGGAAAUCUUUAUGUAUAAAUUCAGAUAAAUUGGCUAUACAGGAAGAUGUAAAAUCUCAGGGUAAAACUUUGUCAACUGGCUCUAAAGUCCAUGAAUUUGUGGGUGCUGAAGGCUCCUUAAAAUUGGAAUCUCUUUCCAGAUUAACAGUAAACCCAGCAGUCAACCUGAAUAAAACUGACAUGCCUUCUAAUAAAGGAAUCUUUGAAGAUGGCAUUCCAAAGUACCAUGAGAAAUUCUUUCCUAAUAUGGAUCAUACCCAAGAAGGAAAGCAUUUGGUUUAUAACAAGUCAGCCUUUUUGGAACAGAAGAUCUCAGUGAGUUCUGAAGUGAAGUUUGCUGGUGGCUAUCUUCAGUCAGCAUCUGAUCACCAUGAAGAGGCUGUGCCAGACCUUUGGAAGGAGGAGCAAAUUGACCAAGAAUAUAAGAACUGUGAAUCAAGAGGUUCUGAAAUGAGUUUUGAUGGCAGUUCCUCUUUUUAUUCACUGACAGACCAAUCUAAAGUGACUGCCAAAGAAAUAAACCUCUUAAAGGAAGUACGUGCUGAUUUGCAGUAUAAGAACAAUAAAUCUUGUGUUUCUGAAAUAAGCUCUGAUUGUGAUGGCUCCCUUCAGUUGACUUCCAACCAAACUCAAGUAAUUGUUAAAGAUGUAAGUGUUCAGAAGGCAAUGCAUAUUAGGCUGGUUGAUGAAAGCUAUGAAUCUAGUGAUUCUGAGAUGAAUUUUGAUUGUGAUGCCUCACUUCAGUCAACUGAUAACUACCCCCAACAGCCUGAAAAAGAAGUAAACCUUCCCAAGGGGGCACACGUUGGCUUGGUUGAUAUGAACUAUGGAUCUAGUAGCUCUGAAAUAAGUGCUGAUUCUGUUUUCUCACUUCAGUCAGUGGUUGACCAAUUCCCAGUGGCUGUCACAGAAACAAAACUUUGGAAGAAGGUUCACAUUAGCUUGGUUGAUAAGAACUAUGGAUCGAGUUGUUCUGAAACAAGUUUCGAUUGUGAUGUUUCUCUUCAGUCAGUAGUUGACUAUCCUCAACUGGCUGUCAAAGAAAGAAACCUGGAGGAUAGACUUGUCUAUCUGAAAGAUAAGAAUCGUAAGCCUAGUAGUGCUAAAGCACAUCUUGAUUGUGAUGUCUCUCUUCAGACCAUGACUGAUGAACCUCAGAGGGCUGUUGAAGAAGUCUAUCUUCUGAAAGAGAAGAAUGAUGUUGUGGAUAUGAACUGUGGGUCUCAUGGUCCUGAGAUGAAUUUUCAUCUGAUGAAAACAGAUGCUCAGUUAGUGCCUGACCAAUCCCAAGUGACAGUUAAAGAAGUAAACGCUCAGGAAGUAGCUCUUGACCUGGAGAAUAAGAGUGUUAAAUCUAGCAUUUCUGAUCUAAGUUUUGAUUCUCAUGCUUCUCUUUAUCCAUCAGCUAAUGAUCAACCUCAGGGGGCUUGUGGUGAAAUAAAUCUGAAAGUGUUAAAUGUGGAUAUGGAAGUUAAGAGCUAUGGGUGCUCCAGUUCUGAGCUGAGUUUUGAUUCCGAUCCUCCUCUUAUGUCAGUUACUGAGCUGGAUGUUGAAGAAAUAAGGAAGAAGCACAUUAACCUGGAAGAUGAGAGCUUUGAGUCAAUUAGUUCCAAAAUAACUUUUGAUUCUGAUAUUCCUCUUCACUCAGUAGUUGACCAAUCUCAAGUAGCCAUUUAUGAGGAGGAGUCUAUUGAUCUGGGAAAUAAGAGUAAUGAAUCUUGUGUUUCUGAAAUAACUUUUGAUUCUGAUAUACCUCUUCAUUCAGGGAUUUAUCAACCUGAAGUAGCUGCUAAAGAAACAUUCAUUCAGAAAGAAGAGUAUAUACACUUAGGAGGGAAGGAUGAUGAACGCACUGCUUCUGAAAUAAGUUUGGAUUCUUAUAUCCCUUUUCACUCAGUGAUUAACCAUCCAGAAGAAGCUGUUAAAAAGCUAAAUCCUCAAAAAGAAGAGUGGGCACCCUUAGAAAAUAAGGAAAAUGAACCUUGUGGUUCUGAACUAAGUUUUGAUUAUGAUGUUUUUUGUUCAAUGACUGGAUGUUCUGAAGAUCCCAUUAAAGAAAGAAACCUGAAAGAGGAGAUUAUACACUUAGAAAGUAAGGGUAAUGUACCUGUUGUUUCUGAAAGCAGUAUGAAGUCUGAUAUUUCUUUUCAUUUAGUGACUGAUCAUCCUGACAUAGCUAUUAAAGAAAUAAACCAAAAAGAAGAACAUGUAAAUUUAGCAGAUAAGGGUAAUGAGUUAAGUGUUUUUGAAACAAGUUUGGAUUCCGAUAUCCCUCUUCAGUCAGUGAUUCACAAACCUGAAGUAGUUGUUAAAGAACUAUGGCUUCAAAAAGAAAAGCAUGCUAAGUUAAAAGGUAAAAGUGCUAAAUUUAGUGGUUCUGAAAUAAAUUUAGAUUCUGAUUAUUCAAUGACUGAACCUCAAAUAGCUGUUAAAGAAAUAGAUGUUCAGAAAGAAGAACAUGUUGUUCUAGAGAACAAGAGUGAUAAAUAUAGUGGUUCUGAAAUAAUUUUGGACUCUGAUGUCCCUCUUCAGUCAAUGAAUGAAAACCCUCAAAUAGCCAUUUUAAAGGAGGACCAUGUUGACCCAGAAGAUGAAAGUACUGGACCUAGAGGUUUUGAAAAAAAUUUGGGUACUGAUACCCCUCUUCAUUCAGUCAUUGACCAACCUCGACUAGCCCUUUUGAAGGAAAAACAUGUGGAUCUGGCAGACACAAACAAUGAAUCUAGUGAUGGCAAAAUAGCUUUUCAUUCUGAUGACCCUUUUCAGCCAUUGACUGAACAAUUUCAGGAAGUGGUUGAAAAAACAAACCUGUGGAAAGAAGAGGAUAUGGGCCAGAAGAAUAAGGUUGAUGAACCUAAUGCUUCUAAAUUAAUACAUAAUUCUGACGUUUCUCUUCUGUCUGUGUCUGAUCAAACUGAAGUAGCUGUUAAACGAAUAAACCUCAAGAAUGAAGGUCAUGUGUACUUGGAAGAUAAGAACAGCCAAUAUAGUGGUUCUGAAAUGAGUUUGAAUUCUGAUCUCUUGGUUCAGUCAAUAGUUGAUCAUCCUCAGAUAACUAUUUUGGAGCAGGAGCAUACUGAGCUAGAGGAUAAGCACAAUCAAUCUUGUGGUUCUGAAAUAAGUUUUGAUUCUGAUGACCCCCUUCAGUCAGUGGCCAACCAGCUUAGAGAAACUGUUAAAGAAGUAAGCCUUUGGAAGAAUGAAGUUGACAUGGAAGAUAAGAGAGAUGAAUCUAAGUGUUUUGAAAUUGUGUAUGAUUCUGAUGUCCUUUUUCAGUCAGUGGCUGGCCAAACUAAAGUUGUUAAGGAGAUCAACCUUCGGGAGGAGCAUGUUGACUUGGAAGAUAAGGUUCUCAAACCUAGUGAUUCAAAAAUAAAUUUUGUUUCUGAUGAACCUCUUCAGUCUGUGGCUAACGAAAUUCAAGAGGCUAUUACAGAAAUAAGUCUUCUGAGGGAGGGACAUGUUUGUCUGGGUACUAAGAGCUAUGAAUCCAAUGAUUCUGAAGUCAUUUAUGUUUCAAAUGCCCAUCUCCAAUCAGUGGUUGAGCAACCACACAUAUUGGAAGAGCAACAAGCCAGUUUGGAAGAUAAGAGCAAUGAUCCUUGUGGUCCUGAAAUAAGUCUUGUUUCUGAUGAUCCUCUUCAGUUAGUGACUAGCCAGCUUCAAAAAGCUGUUGAAGAAAUAGGUCUUUGGGAGGAAGACCAUAUUUACCUGGAAGAUAAGAGAUAUAAACUAGGUGAUUUUGAAGUAAGUUAUGAUUCUGAUGUUGACUUCAUAGCUGGGCAUUCUCCUGUGGCUGUCAAAGAAAUAAACUUGCAAGAGAAGGAUCAUGACCUUCAUAAGAACUGUGAACUUAGUGUUUCUGAAAUAAAAUGUGAUUCUGGUGUUCAUCUUCGGUUAGAAGUUGACCAACCUCAAGUGGUUUGCAAAGAAGUAAACCUUCAGAUGGAAAAGCAUCUUGGCAUGGAAGAAAGAGUCAGUGAACCUAGUGAUUCUGAAAUGAUGUGUGAUUCUGAUGUUCCUCUUCAAAUAGUGAUAAACGAACUUCAAGUGUCAGACAAAGAAACAAAUCUUCAGAAGAUGUUAUUUGUGGACCUGAUGACCAGUGAUAAUGAUUGUGAAAUGAUUUCAGAUUCUGAUGUCCCUUUUCAGCCAGUGAUUGACUCACCUCAGAUGACUGUCAAUGAAAUCAGCUGUAUAAAUGCAGAAAGUUUUGUUCCAGAAGAUGAGAACUGUGACUCUUGUGAUUCUGAACUAGGAUAUGUUUGUGAAUCCUCUCCUCAAUCAGUGACAAACCAUUCCAAAAAGACCUUUAAAGUUGUAAACCAGAAGCAAGACUAUAUUAUUCUGGAAGAGACAAGCUGUGAGCCUUAUAUUUCUGAACUAAGUUUUCAAAUUGAUGCCUCUCAUCAGUCCACGACUUCCCAGUCACAAGAGCCUGGAAAAAAAAAGGCCAAAUAUAUUGACCCCGAGGAUAAGAGCCGUCAAUCUAAUCGUCCUAAAAGAAAUUUUGAACGGGAGGAGACUUCUCAGCCAGUGACUCAGCAACGGCAGAAGGCUAACAAAGGAGUCAACCUUUGGAAAGAUGUAGAAAAUAUUGGCCUAAAAGAUAAGAACUGUGAAUCUAGUGUUUCUGCAAUGGAUUGUAAUGCAUCUCCUGAGUUGGUGAUUCAUCAAAUGCCUGAUAAAGAAAACCUUUUGAAGUUAAAACAUACCGAUCUAGAAAGUAUGAGCUGUGAACCUUGUGGUUCUGGGAUGAAUUUUCAAUGUGAUCCCUCUCUUCAGUCUGACAACAACCAGCCUCAAGAAGCUGUUAAUAAAAUAGACCUAUUUGAGAAGAUGUCUUUUGACCUGAAAGAAACAAACCAUAAUUCCCAUUCAGGCUCUGUUCCCAUGGUUGAUUCUAUACGGAACCUGGAAAAAGCAAAGGAAGUCAUAGAAGAUGAUCCUGAUGAACCAGUUCUUGAAGGCUUGCCUCAUGUCCCUCCUUCAUUUGUGGGGAAAACGUGGUCUCAGAUAAUGAGAGAAGGUGACGUGAAAAUUAAUGCUCUCGUGAAGGAAUUUAAGAAAGGUCGUUUCCACUGUUACUUUGAUGAUGACUGUGAGACCAGGAAAAUUAAAAAAAAAAAAUCGAAUGAAGGAAAAAAGAUUACCUGGACUGACCUCAAUCAGGACACUACAUCAAUUCAAGUUCUUUCAGAUUGUGAUGAAAAUGCAGGUGGUAUUUCAGAUAUUGAUGACUUUUCAGUGGCCUUAGAUAAACCUAGCCAUUAUCCUUCAGCAAAGAAGCAUUUUGAACAAACAUGCCAAGUGGCUUCUCCAUGCCAAGCUAUAAAAGUCAGCCAUGGAACUCAAACCAAUCUCGCAAGUCACCCAGCGACAAAAAGAAGAAUAACUGGACAAGAGAAAGACUCUCCAGUAAGGAAGCGUUUACUUUUACAGAAUGACAGAAAAACAAGAAAGAAAGUAAAAAUUGGAAAAGUCGAAUUUCCUGAGUCAUGUAUUACAGUUUUGAAGCCUUUGCAACCAAAUGCCUUAAUUUAUGUUCUUUCUUCAAAUAUUAAGCUGAAGAAAGGUGAAUCCAACAACCUCUCUAAAAGGAGGCACGGUAGUAGAAAUAAUUGGGAUCUUAGCAUACAGUACAAAUUUAACCAGAGUUCCUUUAAUUGUUAUGACCCAUUGAAUAAGCAGAUUGUGAUUGAUCCUUCUUUGAACAUAGAAGUACCAGGGCCUGACAGGAAUAACUGUGUGGAAAUUCAUUUUAGCCACCUAAAUUCUAAUGCAGGAGAUGAUGAUACUUAUGUACAAAGCUCUGCUUCGGCACCUUUUAUGACAGUGUCAGUAGGACAUGAAUUAAUGUCACAUCAGGAGGCCAGUGAAUCUGUGUUUCUGGAAAAAUCCAAGAUUUUGAAUUCUAGUGAAGUUUCAAAACAAAGUAAUUUCCAGUCAACUCUUUUAAAUCAUGAUGUUGCCAAAAUUUCUCUGAAAUCGAUUGGAAAUAAGUAUUUGGAAAGUAAAAGGAAAAUUCAGAGAAGGAAGGUGACAACUAAUAAUAAGCCAGGUUUUCCCAAAGAAGGUUGUAGACCAGUUAUUCCCCAGCAAAAAACCAGAAUUGCUUCAGAAAAACGGUCGAUUUGGAUUCAGACCAAACUAAGUGAUAUAAUUAAAAAGUAUAUUCCAAAAUACUCUGUUUUUUUGCGUCACAAAUAUCGGUCCAGGUGCACUUUUGUUAGGAUGCAUCUUAAGAAGAGAAAAUCUGAUGUCAGUAGGUUAAAGAAGGCAAAGAGACCAGCUAAAAUGCUUUCAAAGGCCUCGGUUCCAUCAGCUGGAGCUGAAGAGCAGUCAAAAGCUAUAGCAAGCUCUUCUCCCAAGCAACCUGUGCGGGGCUCUUCUGCCGUUGCAGGAAAUAAGAAGAAUGGUAAUAAAAAACGCCCUAGAAGACAACGAAGAAAGCCUUCUAGACCUGUUAGAACAUAUGCUUUGAGAAGUUCGUAUUCUGGUAUACCAUAUUCUGACAGAAUGAGGACUCGGCUCUCUAACAAAUCGUGAGGUAAUGAGGUAAACUAGAGGUGUUUCUAUUAAGGGCUAGUUGAGGAUUCAGUACUUCAAUUGAAAAUAUAUUUGGUACCUAGUGUACAUAGCUUUCCUAACUUUGGUGAAAAAAAUGAGCCUUCAACUAUUUUGCUAUAGACUUAUUUUUCAGAACUUUUAUAUUAAUUUAAAGUUAGUGUUUAGGGUCCUUUUUUUUUAAAUUAAAAAACUUCCUUUGUCCAUUUGCUGUGGAAGAGCUUCAUCUUAAUUUAUAUCACAUAAUUUAGCACAAUAUAUACAACUUUCUUCCUCAAACCAUGUCCCUCUUAUUUAUUUUUUAUGAUUGUGUCUCUCAUGUCAGCAGGUUAUAUUGCAAGAAUGGAUGUGGCAAACAUAAAAUGCUUUUUUACUUUUUAAAAAUUGGAACAAAUGAAUAUGUAGUUAUUUUCUGUAUGUUUCAGAGUGGCAUUGUCAAUAUCAUAUUCUAACUGGAUAAUUAAAAAGAAGAAACUGAUUAUCUCAGCUUUUGAGUGGGAUUAACCUAAAUAAUCACACACAAAAUAUAAUUUAUCUUUCUUUUAGAAGCAUUCCAGAGAAUGAGAUUUCAUAAACUUUAAUCCAGUUUUAAAAACUGGUGAUUUUACAUACAUAACACAAACUCUUCCUUCUUCAUUUAAACUGGAUCUGCAGGUAUCUAACUUUCCUCAUUUGGACACAUGCGUACAUGCAAUCUCUGUAGGUUUUUCUUUAGCAUUAUUAGACCUUAAGGGGAAAAUGACCUUGCCAGCGUGAUUAUGCUUUUCUACCACCUUUUUUCCCCUCCACCUGAAGCGUCAGUGGUUUAUUGUGAAAAUCCAGUUAUCUUAUGGCCUUAUCUCUUAAAAAUAUUUUAGAUAUUUCCAUAUCCUUUUUUAAUAGCUUGAACUGAAAUGACUGGUUUGGUAAUU